CGCAGCUAGCAAAUCAUGAACAAUUUAGCUAACUUGCGAGCAUACUCAAAAACAGCCCAUAACAUGAACAAAUUACUCUAAUAACAUGUAAUCGCACUCGCUAAAUUGGACUUUUAGCUAAAUGUAAUCAUGAAUGAAGCAUUUUUCAAAUGUUUGUUUGCUAGUUUGCUAACUAGCUAACCACAUAUCGCCAGUCGAAAGAGUUCAGCUGGCUGUCCCAUUGGCAAGUGUAGCUUAUGCUCGCUACAAUAACACAUCCAGGACUGGGCGUAUCCAAUGAGAAGAGAGAUGCAGGAAAUUCUACCAGGCCUGUUUUUAGGUCCAUACUCAGCUGCUAUGAAAAGCAAGCUUUCUGUCCUUGAAAGACAGGGGAUAACGCACAUGGUGUGUGUCCGCCAAGAUAUCGAGGCCAAUUUUAUAAAGCCCAACUUCCCACAUAAAUUUAGAUACCUCGUUUUAGAUAUUGCUGACAAUCCUGUGGAAAACAUAAUUAGAUAUUUCCCUAUGACCACCAUAGUCCCUGUGCCCAAGAACACUAAGAUUAAAGAAUUUAUUGAUGACUGUUUAGCCAGUGGAGGAAAGGUACUAGUUCAUGGAAACGCAGGGAUAUCAAGAAGCGCUGCCUUAGUUAUUGCAUACCUUAUGGAGACAUUUGGCAUAAAGUACAGGGAUGCUUUCAGCCACGUUCAGGAGAGGAGAUUCUGCAUCAACCCUAACGUGGGCUUUGUGCAUCAAUUACAGGAAUAUGAAGCGAUCUACUCAGCUAAACUAACUAUCAAGAUGAUGUCACCAAUACAGCUGGGCAGAUCGUUCUCCCUGCAUGCUGGAAUGCCAGGCAGCCUGAAACGAAGCCUGGAAGAAGACGAGGACUUCGGGGGAAUGCAGGUCACUGCUGCACAGAACGGAUAGGUUUAUUAUGCAGAUAGCAGUGUCUUUGCAUACAGUGCACUCUUUUUUUAAAAACAUUUUUAUUGGGAUUAAAAAUGUAAAUAUUUCAACUUUUCUAAAGGUGGGGGAUUGGGUUCGCUUCCUGACGUCUGAGACCAAAGGGAGGGGGGUACAGUUUCAUAAGUGAUUAUUAUUUUUUGCUGUAUGCACUGUUUUUUGCAGUUUUAUACUAUUUAAAGCAUUUUGCAUUUUCAGCGGGACAGUAUUGCAAUAAUGCACUUUUGAUACUUGAUUUGUUAUUUCUCGCCAGAAGGUGGCAGUUGGCGUAAGGGACAGUAAUAGAAAGUCAAUGCCCUAUGGAGAGAUGGAGGCCCACAUUUGGGAGUGUUGGACAGAGAUCAGGCUUAAAAUGUGAUGUUAUUUAAAUGAAAGGGAGAGAAAAAAGCUUGCCAGAGAAUUAACGACCCACUGCUCAAUAAACAGACGGCUAACAUG